CCCCCUCCCGUCGCCCCUCCUCUUCCAGUGAUGAUUGACGUAGUGCCUCGGCGCUGGCGACGGUUGGUUGGUGGCUGAGUCUGUCAGCGGAGGAGGAGCUUGGGCUGAGGAGCUCGGCAGCCGAGUCGUUGCUUUAAAGAGCAGUCAGCAGUUAACGCUUUGUAAGCCGCCCUGGCAGCCUUUUUGGCCGAAGAGCGGGGUGUAAACAAACAAACAAACAAACAAACAUGAUUAUUACAAUGACACACUUUCCAAACCCAGCCUUUGGACUCUGGGUCCUGUCCGUCCUUCCGCUUUGUGUCGCUACUUAGUGGCUUUACGUGGCCAAACCAGGAACCGAACCCAGGUUUCCAGAGCCAGAGCCCCAGUUUUGGGGGGGAAGAAGGUUUUGAGUGAAAUAUGCCUUUCAGUCAAAAGAAACAGGAGAUUCCUCAGCUUCUGUCUGCAAUGGAAGGUUAGCUGGCUUCUCCACCAUGAAAGCAUCCAGUGUCAGAGCAAACAAGCAUCCAGUGCUGCCUCCCAUCAUCCCUGAGGCUGAGAAGAAAUUUCUGGAAAGCAUCCAGAGUUACAUAAUUUCAGAAAUUGAGAACGUGGGCUGUACUGAUAAAGGGCCAGCUGAGGAGUAUUAUACAAUAUAUAGAAAUGUGUUUGAAAUGAUAAUCGAGCAUGUCAGUGCAUACAAGAACAUCCUGACAACCAUCAAGCAGGAAUACGAUGCCUUUAUAGAAGUACUAAAGAAGGGCCAAUGGAAUGCUUUUCACCUUCAUGGGAAAUUAAAAAUGUUAGCUUGUGAACCUUCCACUCUUAUGUAUUACAAGAAGAGAAUUAUUCAACUGGAAGAGAAGUUAAAAAGAAUUGAGAAAAAUUCUUCAAGAAUUGAGAAUUUAAUACAGAAGAUUCGGACUUUAAGGGAGGGGCUUGCAGCAAAAGAAGCUGUAACUACAACCAAGAAAAUCAACCCAGCUCAAACAAUUCCAGGCCUCAGCUUGAAAGAUUCUCUCGACAUUGAUGCUCUUUCCAACCACCUUGCUCAUCUACAAAGGAGGGUGAAGGAACUGAGAGAGGACAUGCUGACAAAAUACAUCCCGCUGGAGAACACAGCCAAUGUUGAUGAGGACCUGAAGCGGGCACUUCAGAUGAGAAAUAUGGCUGAAAAAAAGAAUGAACAUCUCAAGUUUUGGUAUAACAGUCAUAGUUGCAUCAUGUAUUUAGCUUUAUUUAGGACAGGUUCUUCAAGCUUUUAUCGACUGACACAGUUUGCAAAUAUUGUGUCUCUCUGGGAAAAUUCAGACAGGAGCAUUGAAACCCUGCAGCAACUCAUAUCUCAAAUGAUAGAAAAUGAGAAACUGGCAAAAGGUGAAAUUGUCUCCAGCGUCUCCAGCGUAUUUGAACGUGACCCUACCAAAAGCCAAGAGGCUGAAGAUCUCAUAGAAUACAUUGAAAGGUUCAAUGAACUGUUUUCCCGUGGUCAGUAUGAGGCUGCAGCAAUAUAUGCAGCAAACUGUCCGAGAGGAAUCCUCCGCAAUGAAGAAACCUUGGAGAAAUUCAGGGCUGUUGGCCCUGUUAAAGGGAAGAUCCUCCCUCUGCUCAUGUACUGUGAAGCUCUCAUAAGCACAAGCAUCGCCAUAAAAAAGCCUCUUCCUGCAAACCUGACAGCCGAAGCCAUCAAAUGUGCCUUGGCUGAGAAACGAUUGGACCUUGUGAUGCAUUGGUUGACCCUACACAAGCUGGAAUUGUCUGAGGCAGCUGGUGAUGCAAUUUACAAGUAUGCAGAGGUGGAUGAGCAUAACAAAUCUCAUUGCUUUGCUUUGGCUCAGAUCGCCUACAGUGAUUGUAGGGUGCACAAGAAAGCAGUUCUGUGCUUGUGCAAACAGGGACAGAUCUUUGGAGCCAUGGAUUACCUUCAUCAGUUCCAUCGCCUUCCCACAGAGGAUUAUAUUUUCCUACUGAAGCGUUGCCCUGGUGUGGAACUCAUCCGUUGCCUGACUCAAGGAUGGAAUGGGAAACCAGCCCUCAUGUCCCUUGGAGAAACCAUCCUCUCGCUCAUCCAUACCGAGCACAAAGUAUACUGCAUACGAUUGUUGGAGGAGAUUGCCAAGGAAGGCAAAAGACACCGUUCUAAACUCUCAUGGCACCAGAAGGCACACAGAGCAGAGACUGGAAGUGAUGUACUAGAAGAAAUGCAAUUAUCCUUAAUGAGCGAAUGGAAAAGAACGAGGACAGGGUGAAGGUAUAUCUCAAAAAUAAUAAAUUAAGUGGAAAGACCUUUUCUUUUUCUUUUGGGCAAAGAAUAUCCUUUUCUACCUAUAUUUUAGUUGUUUCUGAAGACAUCUGGAACAUAAUCCCUCAUCUUUUAUGCCAUUUUCUUAUCAAUACUAAGUCACCUGCCAUUAGGAAAUGACGAAAAUAAUGCAAAACUAACAAACAAUAUAACAAAUAAUGUGAUGCCGUACACCCUCCUUAAAAUACAUUUUACUGUUUUAAUGUUUCAUGUUUUCAACUUCAUAAAUGGUUUAAAUGCUUUUUAAACAUAUUAAUACUUUAAUGUUUUUGCAUUUUUUUAAAAAAAAUUGUAUCAUUUUAAUUUUGCUGUUAGGCACCUUGAGGCAGGAGAAAGGUGGGGGAUAAAUAUAUAAAAUAUACAAAACAAAUAAUGAAAUAAUGUAAUCCAAUCUUCCCAGCACUGUCUGCAGCCAAAUAAAUUUAAUAUCUGUAGAUGCAGUCAAGAGCAUGACAAGAGCCUUGUUGCUUUGCCAGAGCAUGACAGAUGUUUCCUAAGAGUUUGAUUUUGCCGUGAGGCACACACUAUAUAUACAGAACCCUCCGUCAAGAGUUGAGUUGCCCAUGGGAUAUUUGAAUACUGAAUUACAGCUUGUGAAGCUACUGUGAGAGUCUCACUUGCUUUGCUUUGUUGAUUUUACAUGCAAAGUUUUGCAACCUUGGGAACACAAAGUCGGCAUUCAAACACCGCUUGCAGCGUCAGACAAAUUUAGGCAUGUCCAGGUAGAAAAGCAAGGGAGAUUGUGGGGGGAAACAGUGCUAAUCUGAAGAUUGUGAGGUGGGAAUAGUGUUAAUUUGAAUAUAUCAUGUGCUACAUUACAGUGAGAUGUUUCCUGGCUCCAUAACACUGCCUACUGGUAGAGUAGCGUGACCAGAUAUAUUCCUAUUCCAGGACAUGUCCAGAUUUCAACCUUCUGUCUAGAAGGAAUUUCAAAAGGUCUUCCAUUUUGAGCAUGACGAAGAAGCACGAAUUUACAUUUAUAUUAGUGUUUUUAAUUUGUAAUGCCUUACAUUUUCCCCCCUUUAAUUUGUUACAUUUUCUGGUCCCUUGUCCUCUUUUGCGGUUAUGACAUCUGGUCACCCUGGGCCUUGUUUAAAAACAAAAUACAUCAAAGCAAAAUAUCUGCUUAUUAAAGGAAUGCGCACUGUCCACCCGCGGCCGCUUGACAGAACCAUACUUUCAAAAAUUACACAAUUUUCUUUUUAUCUCUUAGUGAUGAUCUGCUGCCACCAUUUCCCGAAAUGUUUCUUCUUUUGCUGUUUUGACAGAACCUUUGGCAUAUAGGCCAGAUAAAAGGGUGUGGUUGUACAAACAUGUUUAAAAAAC